GAGAUGUAGGAUAUCUGUGGUUUGCUCGAUGCCUGGUUCGGGUAGGACGCUCCGUGGUUUGCUCGAUGCCUGGUUCAGGUAGAAGGACGCUCCGUGGUUUGCUCAAUGCCUGGUUCAGGUAGAAGGUGGCCGCUCUGUGGUUUGCUCGAUGCCUGGUUCAGGUGGAAGAUGGCCGCUCCGUGGUUUGCUCUAUGCCUGGUUCGGGUGGAAGAUGGCUGCUCCGUGGUUUGCUCGAUGCCUGGUUCAGGUAGGACGCUCCGUGGUUUGCUCUAUGCCUGGUUUGGGUGGAAGAUGGCCGCUCCGUGGUUUGCUCGAUGCCUGGUUCAGGUAGGACGCUCCGUGGUUUGCUCUAUGCCUGGUUUGGGUGGAAGAUGGCCGCUCUGUGGUUUGCUCGAUGCCUGGUUCAGGUGGAAGAUGGCCGCUCCGUGGUUUGCUCUAUGCCUGGUUCGGGUGGAAGAUGGCCGCUCCGUGGUUUGCUCUAUGCCUGGUUCAGGUAGAAGAUGGCCGCUCUGUGGUUUCCUUGAUGCCUGAUUCAGGUGGAAGAUGGCUGCUCUGUGGUUUGCUCUAUGCCUGGUUUGGGUGGAAGAUGGCCGCUCCGUGGUUUGCUCUAUGCCUGGUUCGGGUGGAAGAUGGCCGCUCCGUGGUUUGCUCUAUGCCUGGUUCGGGUGGAAGAUGGCUGCUCCGUGGUUUGCUCGAUGCCUGGUUCAGCUAGAAGAUGGCCGCUCUGUGGUUUGCUUGAUGCCUGGUUCAGGCAGAAGGACGCUCCGUGGUUUGCUCGAUGCCUGGUUCAGGUGGAAGAUGGCUGCUCCGUGGUUUGCUCUAUGCCUGGUUUGGGUGGAAGAUGGCCGCUCUGUGGUUUGCUCGAUGCCUGGUUCAGAUGGAAGAUGGCCGCUCCGUGGUUUGCUCUAUGCCUGGUUCGGGUGGAAGAUGGCCGCUCCGUGGUUUGCUCUAUGCCUGGUUUGGGUGGAAGAUGGCCGCUCUGUGGUUUGCUCGAUGCCUGGUUCGGGUGGAAGAUAGCCGCUCCGUGGUUUGCUCGAUGCCUGGUUCAUGUGGAAGAUGGCCGCUCUGUGGUUUGCUCGAUGCCUGGUUCAGGUGGAAGGACGCUCUGUGGUUUGUUUGAUGCCUGGUUAAGGUUGAAGAUGGCCGCUCUGUGGUUUGCUCAAUGCCUGGUUCAGGUGGAAGGACGCUCCAUGGUUUGCUUGAUGCCUGGUACUGGUGGAAGAUGGCCACUCCGUGGUUUGCUCGAUGCCUGCUUCAGGUCGAAGGUCCCUGUGCCCUUUGCUCGGUUUGGGUCUGGCCUGAUCCCAGCGCUAUGUUUUGCAGGUGAUGUCAACGCACAGCUGAGGCUGUAUCCCGAUAUAAACACAGCUUUAACCUGAUAGGGGCUGGCAGCACAACCUGCAGAUCUUCCCACAUUCAUGACAUUUAUCACUAUGGGGACAUAUAAUGCUGUCCAUCCUGGGAAUGUCUUCAUAAAGGGGCAGGCACGCACAUAAUCUCUUUUGUAAACCCAUCCGAUCUGACGUAACUAUGCCAGCAGUAGAGCAGGAAUGACACUGUAACCAUGCAAAUGGUUAAUUAGGGGGAAGAAUAAACCCACCUUGUCAGUGAGCGAGGCCCGUACACAGAAUGUCCGUUCAUUUGUAGUGUUCAAAGUGAGUUUGCUGCUUGUGUUGCUGCCAACAAGGAAACUGGCAGCGCCUGUCCUGGGGCCGGGAUUGGGGCCGGAGCUGGAGUAUUUUCUGUCAACAAAAUAGUUUGGAUCAGGCUUGAGCUGCAUGU